AUGUUGGAGCUGCGUCUGGUGCAGGGUAGCCUGCUGAAGAAGGUGUUGGAGGCGAUAAGGGAGCUGGUGAACGAUGCCAACUUCGAUUGCUCCGCCACGGGGUUCUCUCUGCAGGCCAUGGAUUCCAGCCACGUGGCGCUGGUGGCUCUCCUCCUCCGAUCGGAGGGCUUCGAGCACUACCGCUGCGACCGCAACCUCUCCAUGGGCAUGAAUCUCAACAACAUGGCCAAGAUGCUGCGAUGCGCCGGCAACGACGACAUCAUCACCGUCAAGGCCGACGACGGCAGCGACACCGUCACCUUCAUGUUCGAGUCAGCUCCACCUAAUCAAGACAAGAUCGCCGACUUUGAGAUGAAGCUCAUGGACAUAGAUAGCGAGCAUCUCGGCAUUCCGGAUUCCGAGNAUAUAUUUUUUUCCGCCGCCUCUUCUAUUCCGGCUGUCUAA